CAGGGAGAGUAGCAGACACCGAGGGGAGGCGUCACACGUCAGUGGGCGGGGUUAUGCAGAUCAGCAAUGUCUGGCGACAACACAGAGCAGCCGGCUGAGCCCAAGGAAGCGGGCGGAGAGAAUUCUCUGUGUGGGAGCAGAAUUCGGUGUGGAGAGUUGGUGCUUCGACCCACUGUCUCCCUGGUUACUGUCGGACGGGGCUCCCAGAGGCUAACGCAGCCCCAGGCCCAGGGCCCCACGUCAGUGUUCACCCUGGAGGAGAUGGAGGCCCUGCUGCUGCUGGCCCUCUCCAUCCUGACCGGUGCCGGCUGCCAGGACUGGGGGGUGACCCUGCCCGCGGACCCUCUAGCCGGAUGGAGCGGCUCAUGCGUGACGAUCCCUUGCUCUUACACCUACCCCGAGGGGCAGCUCGUCAAAGCCGUGACCUGGAGCCGGGACAACGAGAGAAUUGUGCAGCUCACGACAGCAGCGGGGCAGGGCUAUGACAAGGUCGAGCGCGCCCAGUUCCUGGGUGACCUGCACCACGACUGCACCCUGCGCCUCAACCCGCUGGCGCUCGGCGAUGGGGGCACCUACUCCUUUGAGUUCCAGACCGAGAGCCAAAGCUGGAGAAGCCCCCGAGCCGUGUGCCUCACGGUGUCAGAACAUCCCUGCAGGGUCAAACAUAGCAUUGAUAUGAUCCCCGGACCCCUGAACCUCAACUUGAUCUGCUCCAUCUCCGAGCGCUGCGCCUCCUCCGGCCUGCAUUGGUACGACGGAGCCGGCGCGCGGAUCCUGGAGGAAACUGAAGCUGGCAAAAGCAAUAGCGAGCUGAGCAUGCACAUCAUCUGGCAGCACCGGGGGGCGGCGCUGGAGUGCCGGGUGCAGGGCUACCGGAAUAGGUGCCUCCCCAAAAGGUCCCAGCCUCCAGCCACAGCCCCCCCUGUGGUGCAUGUGGUGGCCACCCCAGGCCCUCAUCGCAGCACGGGGGAACCCCUGUCCCUGACGUGCCGGCUGGACACCAGCGCCUAUAGCGGAUUGGACUUCUCCUGGUACAAGAAUGGCGAGCGGCUGGGGUGGACACAGGCAGAACUGGCUUUCCUGAGCGUCCAGGUGGCUGAUGGGGGAAAGUAUCAGUGUGAGGUGCACAACACCCUAGGGAAAUCCACCUCCCUGCCACUCUCCAUCACUGUUGUGUGUAAGUACUGGGUGCAUUUGACUCCACAUUACACAUUACAUAGCCAGGGAAUGGCUUAGAGUCCCCCAUGCACCAUGGCUGAACCCCGCACAGUCCUUAUGCAAGGCCAACCAAAAUAAACGAGCUCCCAGCUCGUGCUCCAGCUGGGUCCGCUUUGUUGACCAGGCUCCAGUAUCUCUGUCCACAGAGGCAUCUAGCAGCCGAAUGACAUUGCAAAUCAACCUGUCACAGGCCGAGAAACACCCGUUCAAAUAACGUACACUUAGUUGAAAUUUAAUAUUUUUUAAUCAUCAGGAAAAAUAUCUGGUUUGCCCCCCUCAAAAUUAGCUCUUUGCCGGACUUUUCAUUACAUUUUUCACCUCCAUUUUUACCUACAGUGUUUUCAAAGAGCAAUUCAGGGGCGGUGGGUGAAUGAGCUGUUGGGGGAGCCUAGCCCCCGGCCCCUCCCUCGCUGCCCGAGAACACCCCCUCCCCUUCUGCCUCCCCUUCCCUGCUGGAGCCUGGAGCCCGGAGCCCGGAGCCCAGAGCCCAGGUGGGUGUGUUCCUGCUGCCCCCUGCUGGAGGAGCUGAGCCCUGCUCUGUUUCUGUGUGUGUCCCUGCCCGCCACCUGUGGCCGCCGGCUCCCCCCAUACACCUCCAGUCCCAGAGUGCCCCCAACUCCGGCACCGGGCAGCAUUGCAUGGCCCCACCCCCAGCGGCCCCA